GGAAGUCUUCUUUUUUCCGUUCCUUUUCGUGAGAAAAAUGCAUGAGUCAACUCUGCACGUUGUUGUUGCAUGAAGAAGGAAGGAAGGAAGGAAGGAAGGAAGGAUGGAGGCUGGCGUUCUUCUUGGAUGUGGAGCAUUUCCGCUUGGUUGUGGAUUCAGAGGGAGGAGGAAGGAUGAGCUGCAGCCGGAGAAGCGAGAAGGUGGACCUGAAGCUGAACCUCUCGCUGCUGCCGACCGCCAGCGGCCGCGACGAGGCCUCUCCUCAGGGGUACGCUUCGUCCUCAUCGUUGUCGUCUCCGAGCUCGUGCUUGUCCUCGGAGGCUGAGCUGGGGCUGAGGUCCCCGGUCAGCCCCACGGCGGCGCCGUCCAUGGUGCUCGCCGGCUGCCCGCGCUGCCUCAUGUACGUCAUGCUCUCCGCCGCCGACCUCAGGUGCCCCAAGUGCAGCAGCACCGUCCUCCUCGACUUCUACGGCGGCGGCGCCGCGGCCACCACCACUACCACCACCACUGCCACCAAGAACAAGAAGGGCAGGAUGAGCUACGAUUGUUAGCAUGUCUCUUCGAUGUAAAUGGGACCUUUGUGUUUGCUUCUGCAGGAGUCAGAAAGGUUUUCCACAAUAGCAACUCUCUUAUCUGUGUUUGGUCUUAAUACUGUGAUGCAGGAUUCAUGAAACGAGCACUUCUCUUCA